ACACGAAAGCAUAAUUCAACAUGGCGAACGGCUGGAGUCUCAUCAUUGGACUGAUCAUCGUCGUUGUCGCCGGUAUUGCGGCCUGGAUCUUUAGUCCUAAGGGCGACAAUCAAACACUCUGGCGAAGCACGCUCCUCCUCUCGCUAGCUUCUUGUUAUUUGAUGUGGGCUAUCGUCUUCCUCGCACAAUGGCAUCCUCUGAUCGUUCCGAAGAGAGCGGAUAUCCGUCCUGAUCGAGUACCGCAGUAGUUUUGGGCGACGUUGGGGGGUUUUGUGUUGCUUGGUUUAGAUUCAUGAAUGCAAAUGCGUAUGCGUCAGAAGACGGGUGACUUCCCUUUUCUCUCUCUCUCUCUCCCUCCCCUUCCCUUCCUCUCCUUGCGAGGUUAUAUCAUGGAUUGGAAGAGGAGGAUGAGCAUGGAGUCGAUUACUUCACCUAUUAUGCAUAUGUAU